UCCUAUCCACUCCGUCCAUCCUCAUCGCGCCUUCAAUCAAAAUGCCUUUGCUCCGACCAAGCUUGCGCCACCGUACCUGCCAAUGAUGGAAUUCCCCAAAUUCCCUUUACAAAUUUAUCAUCGCUCAACCUCCUCCCAUGCCCUCUCUUCUCUAUCCUCCUCGCGUUACUGAGCCCAAGCUCAGGUUCAUGGAUAUCGCCGAAGCUGGUUCUCAGCUUCACCAUCUCCUCUCUCCGCGCAGACCCUCUUGCUUGCGCAGUCCCUUCAGUUUCCUUUCACCGUACCCAAGGCAUCAAACAUCCCUCAGAAAUGUGUUCAAAUUCACUCUUUGUAUGGGACAUCCUAUUUCUUUGGCACAAUUUCACAUGAUGACUGCAAAGAAAGGCUUGUCAAUUCCUACUUUUGAAGGAUUAUGUAAGAUAGUUUGGAUCAUGGAAGCAGAUGUGGAGGAAGGUCAAUAUCUGUACAUUACUGGGGAUCCUGUUGCCCUGGGUUGCUGGGAACCAGAGAUAGCAAUUCUAAUGUCUCCUACUGGACAGACAAAUAUAUGGAGGGCUGAAGUUAAGAUAGCUUCUGGUGUAAAUCUCAAGUAUAAUUAUUUCCUAAGAGGAGAAACAUGGCCUUCAUCAGACAUCAUUUGGAGACCUGGGCCUGACUUUUCUCUGUCUGUACCUCUAGUUGUGAAACAUGACAGGACAAUUGUGGUGAGAGAUUCAUGGAUAAUAAGGUCUAAAACGGAAAGGUCACCACCUCAUCUUUGGGGAUCAUGGGUUGAGGAAACUUGUCAGGAGGAGAUUGGACAUCAUGAAAGUUUCUCAGAAGAGUCAAAGCAAUGUUUACUUGAUUCCACACCUAAGGAUGUAGUAUAUUCUGAUAAUGAGCUUAUGAUGAGUGCUGCAGAUGAGGUUUCAGAUUCCAACGUGCUUUUCUCUGAAAAAUAUCAACCUGUUGAGGAACCAUGGUUAGUCCAGUCAUCCCUCUUCUUUUGUGCAUCAGUGAAUGGCAUGAAGUCUGAGUUGUCUACGAAGAUUGACGCUGGAAAAGAUGAGGCAAUUCAGUCAGAAAUAAAUAAUCAUCAUCAUUACCCAAUUACAGAAAAUUUCUUGCCUGAAGGAGGGAGAGCUUUAACUUCCAAGGAAGAUUCUAUAGUCACUGUUAUACUGAUCAACUCUUCAAUAUGUGCCAUGCAAAGGAUUGCUGUACUGGAAGAUGGUAAAUUGGUAGAGUUAUUACUUGAGCCAGUUAAAGGCAAUGUUCAGUGUGAUAAUAUUUAUCUAGGAGUGGUCACAAAACUUGUUCCUCACAUGGGUGGGGCAUUUGUAAGCAUUGGAAAUUUUAGGCAUUCUUUUAUGGAAAUAAAGCAGAACAUAGAACCAUUUGUGUUCCCUCCAUUUCAGGGCAAGACAAAGAAGCAGGCAAAUGGUUCUAUUGUUGGGGCUCCCGAAGAGCAGUUAGCUGUUCAUGACACUAAAGACAUGUCACAUGAUAUGGCAAUUGAGGAUGCUGUGGAAGAUGAGUCUCAAGAUUUUGAUGAGGCAAAUGAUAUUGAUGUGGAUUUAAAUGUUUCUGAAGUUCUUAAAGAUAAUACAAAUGGUAGUAUAGUUGAUUAUGCUGAAGCCGAAGCUGAUUUUGAGGACCUGUUAGAUGGAGAGUAUCAUCUGGAAUAUGAAAGUUUAAAUGGCUCCCAUUCUUUUGAAAUAGAAGGUUCUCAACAUUCUCCAAAAUAUUCCCCUGAGAUUAAGGAUUCUGGACAUAUAUUUAGCACUGAAAGCAAGUGGGACCAUGUCAGAAAGGGUACCAAAAUAAUUGUACAAGUUGUCAAAGAAGGAUUGGGUACAAAAGGUCCCACAUUGACUUCCUAUCCAAAAUUAAGAAGCAGAUUCUGGAUAUUAUCAACACGUUGCAAUAGGAUUGGAGUGUCAAAAAAAAUUACUGGUGUUGAGCGAACACGCUUGAAAGUCAUAGCAAAAACUUUGCAGCCACAGGGUUUUGGUCUGACUGUAAGGACAGUUGCUGCUGGUCAUUCUUUAGAGGAACUACAGAGAGACUUGGAAGGUUUACUUUCAACGUGGAAAAACAUUGUGGAACAUGCAAAAUUUGCUGCUCUUGCUGCUGAUGAAGGUGUUGAAGGGGCCAUUCCUGUUAUGCUGCACAGAGCGAUGGGUCAAACACUCUCUGUUGUCCAGGACUACUUUAAUGAGAAGGUUAAGAAAAUGGUAGUUGACUCUCCAAGAACAUAUCAAGAGGUUACCAGCUAUCUCCAGGAAAUGGCUCCUGAUCUUUGUGAUCGCAUAGAGUUAUUUGAUAAAAGAAUUCCUCUCUUUGAUGAAUUUAACAUUGAAGAAGAGAUAAGCAACAUGCUCAGCAAACGGGUUCCCCUGCCCAAUGGAGGUUCUCUGGUGAUUGAACAGACAGAGGCAUUGGUCUCUAUCGAUGUGAAUGGAGGACAUGGGAUGUUUGGUCAGGGAGCAUCGCAGGAGAAAGCUACUCUAGAUGUCAACCUUGCAGCUGCAAAACAAAUUGCAAGGGAGUUACGACUCAGGGAUAUUGGUGGCAUCAUUGUAGUAGAUUUCAUUGAUAUGGUGGAUGACUUGAGCAAGAGGUUGGUUUAUGAAGAGGUUAAAAAGGCUGUUGAGCGAGACAGGUCAUUGGUGAAUGUCUCUGAGUUGUCAAGGCAUGGACUUAUGGAAAUAACUAGAAAGAGGGUACGGCCUAGUGUCACUUUUAUGAUCAGUGAACCAUGCACUUGCUGUCAUGCUACUGGGAGGGUUGAAGCACUGGAGACAUCCUUUUCAAAAAUUGAACAGGAAAUUUGCCGGUUACUUGCAACAAUGAACCAAAAAGCAGACCCUGAGCACCCUAAAUCCUGGCCAAGAUUUAUACUGAGGGUUGACCAUCAAAUGUGCGAGUAUUUAACUUCAGGGAAAAGGACAAGACUUGCAAUCUUAAGUAGCUCCCUCAGAGUUUGGAUUCUUUUAAAGGUUGCUAGAGGUUUUACCAGAGGAACAUUUGAGGUGAAACCAUUUACAGAUGAGGAGAAACCGCAUCAAGUUCCUAUUUCAAUGUUACAAGCAGCAGAGGCUAGAACGAGUAAUUCUCAGAAGAAAGAGACUCUCAUUCCUGUUAAAAAACCAAAGACAAAAAGGAAAUGAAGAAGAGAAUAAUUAAAAAUGAUACAUAUUUACUGUUUACAUGAGAAGUUCUUUUCGUUUAGGAUUUUUAUGUUCAGGUAGAAAGAGGUGAACGGCGAGAAAAUGCUGGAGAAGAGGAUAGGUUCUUCCAAAUGGGGUGCGCCUGAGGCUGAGGGCCCUUUGGUUGCCAGCAGCAUGUAAUUCUUUGAUGUGGGAAGUUUCUUCCCCCAUUUUUUUCCGCUUGGAUAUGCACUGAUUUCUUAACAAGGCCAUUAUAUUCUUUUUUCUCAGCAAUAGCAAUAACAAUGUCAAUUACUG